GGUCCGGGUCCGGCUCCGGCGUAGCCAUGACCAUUACUAAGGGGGGGUUUGCAUGUGUGAUUUCCCAUGCCACCUUAUGUCUGCAGAAAACGAAAGCACUGAAAUUGUACACGAUAGGACUUGGAAGAGCCACCGAACGUACAGUGAAAGUUCUGCAGAAGAAGUACAAGGAGCAAUACCAUCCACCCCUCUGGUCACGCAAGGAUGAUCCUCGCAGUCCCCAGUUUGAAUAUUCUUCCCCUCCGGAGUUGAUUUUGGCCCAUCAAGAUGGAGAUGCAGAUGAACAAGCCUUUAAGCUAGCCUUAGGAAAAAGCAAACAGCUUCAAGAGUCAAAGGGGGCCAGCCCUUUAGGCAAAAGUCAACCCACAUUCCAACAGCCUCCAGGACAAGAAGCAGGGUCUACAACUCAGCAGCCUCUUGGAGCACCUGCAUCCCCUUCCUCGCUGCGAACAGGACCAGCAGUCGCGUCGGCCUUGGAGGAGCAGAGGGAGCAGCACCAGCAACGGACAAAAGAGCUUUGGAAAGCAGCCAAAGGGAGACAAGGCAAGAUUUCCUGGGGCCUCGGCACAUGGCAGGCAGACGAUGAAGAAGACGAUGAUGGUGAUGACGAUGACAGGGAUGAGGAUGACGAUGAUGAUGAAGAUGAUGACAAUGAAGAUAGAGAUGAGGAUGAAGAUGUGGAUUUUGAGUUGGAAUCGGAAUCCUGUGGGACAAGUGCAAAGAUGGAACCAGGAAUGCUCAAACCAACAGUGCGCAGCGUUUGGGAGCAGAGGAAACUGGAGGAGGCGAGAAAACGCCAUAAAGAAAACAUUAUUCAGAAACAGGUAAAAGUGUGUGUGGUUGGGGGGGGGUGGGGGGGAGUGGGGGAAAGAAGGAAGGGGAAAAGUAGGCAGGAGGCUGAACCACCACUGUCACAACAAUUGUGCUGCACCAGAACUGGGCGAGCGGAACAGCAGCUCGGCAACCGUGGAGCGGAGCACAAGGCACCAACACCAAGGCAACCAACCUACAAGGCACACAAGCGGCAAACACGGAAGGCACGGCCAGCGGAUGGGCAGCAAGGCAGCAGAGCAGCGAAGCGCAAGGCAUCACCGACAACACGGCCACACCCACAGCGAACACAGCAACUUGCAGAGAACCACAUGCAAAGCAAGCGGGACAGGCAGCACUGCGGCGGUGGAGCGCAGACGAGGCAGUCCACACCUCCAACACGGAGCAAAGCAGCACAUGACCUACUCACAUCACGAUUGGACCCUGCAGACUAAUGGUUCCCACCACCCACUGAGCCAGGGAGUGACUCCGAUGAGCAUCCGUCAUCACCCAUAGGCAACACAGACAUCCCGAACCGAGCGCCCCCCAUAA